AUGCAGAUGAGUGAUGGAUUACUACGGGUAUUCUGGCCAUAUGAUCUCCCGAGGUCGUCGUCGCCGGGUGUGAUUGUCGGCUGGCGAAACUCGGAGCUGGAUCUGUUUGUGCUGGCCGUGUUGGAAGAUGUCGAGCCUCGAAAUGUUGACAAUGCGCUCCGAGCGGGAAUUCUCUUCCGCAAUAGCCCUCACCCUGUCCCACGGAUUUUUGGGCUUUGUGGACGGUCCUCAAUGCAUGUUCUAGGCUCGACCAAUCCGCGAGAUCCACCCACAGCGUUCACUCCGUCGCAUCUGGUUGUAACAACUCAUCCCUCCAGCAAGGUCCCGCGAAUCUACUGUCCUCCAGGGACAAAUCUAUCGGUUCAGGUUAUUAUGUUCAAUCGCCCAGACCCAACGAGAAUGGAGUACAUGUCGCUUAACCCUAUUUCCCUUGCACUGGAGGACAAAGUGCAUAAUGCGAAUAGACUGGAUGUGGUCUCUAGCAAGAUAGAUACGGAGGAAGAAACAGAGAAAGCCCGAACCCAGAAAUUGGUUGAGAAACUUAAGCUCCACACCGUCGUCAAGCACGUUGCGUCGCAGAAGGAGCAGGCGCUUCCGUUCAUCGUUAACCAGGUCAAUUGUGCAUAUGAAAUGGGGAAGCUAAUCGAGAAGAAUAGCAGUCUCAUCGGAAUCCGCGUGAAGAGGAGCAUGAGUGUUUCUGAGCGUGUGGUCGAGUCUGCGACUACUCUGUGGGAUUUUUUUGUUCUCGGCGUGUCUUAUGUAUUUUGGCAGUGGAUUUGGCCUGUUGUCACCCGCAUAUUCGUGGUAGGAUUGGUGUUCCAUCGUUCCAUCGCCGACAUCGUCUUACAGAUCCUGGAGUGGCGUGCCCGGCCUGAUGCGGCGGCGUUAAAGGAUAUAUCUGCGACGGCUCAGCAGGUGGAUAUUCGGCUCCAGCAGUUUUGUUACUGGCCCACUCAAUAUGUCAAGUUACGGCAAAGAAAAGAUGACUGGGAAAGUGUGACUACCUACCACGCGCACUACAUUCGGUUUUAUAACAGUUUGUGGCUUGUCGCCAACGAUGUCAUUAUCGGCAUCGCGCUGGGGUCGUAUAUCAUGGAUAAUGCCAACUGGGUGGCAUAUCAGAUCAACUUUAUUCUUAGUGGCUGGACUGUCGAGGGCUUGCAACGAACUAUUUCUUGGCUGAUGGACUGGCCGGCUGGCUUAAAGCUGAACAAUGAACUUGCUGCAUUCCUAGGCGACCUUUUCUUAUGGGUGAUUGAGAACUGGGCAGCUUGCAUUGCCAACCUCCAGCCCUAUCUCCCCCAUGUUAUCUACGUUAUCGGAUGCUCUAGCUUCGCCGGAGCUAGCAUGCCAAUAGCUCUAUUUUCAGACCUUGUGUCUAUUCUCACUGUUCAUAUAUACUCGUUCUACAUUGCGUCCGCCCGUAUAUUCAACUGGCAGCUGACCAUCAUCAUCUCACUCUUCCAUUUGUUUCGUGGCAAAAAGCGAAACGUGCUUCGCAAUCGUAUAGACUCCUGCGACUAUGACCUCGACCAACUGCUCCUUGGAACCAUUCUAUUCACCGUUCUUUUUUUCCUUCUCCCGACCGUCAUUGUCUUUUACCUAGCCUUCACUUCCGCGCGGAUGUUGAUCAUCUCGCUCAAGGCGGCCCUCGAUACCUGUCUGGCUUUUUUGAACCAUUUCCCUCUCUUUGCGUUGAUGUUGCGGGUCAAGGACUCCCGAAGGCUACCAGGUGGUAUACGAUUCGAGCUCCGUGAGGAACCUCACAAUUCACCCUCCGGCGAUGACACCGACUCCGUGGUGCAUUAUAUCCAUCUCGAGUCUAUUCCUCUCACGCUAAGGGCCAUGUUUGACCAGUACUUCCAACUCGGUCACCGCCUCCGAAAACACUACCUCUCCCCACGGGUGAUCUUUUGUCUCUUCACAGGCCGCUUUGUGCCCCCGAUCCACCGCCGCAAUCUCUACAGCAUGCAGUAUAGCAUGCUCCCCGAUGUCCGUCCGGGACUGGUACAGGUGUGGUCUGAGUUAACGCAGCCCCGAAAAACGGGCGGUGGGAGCAGUGGUUCAACGUCGGGGAUUAGUCCCGGGGCAACCGGACUCAUCAAGGUUCCUGGGGGGUUCGGACAGGGGGAUCAGAGAAGACGAGGGCACCGGUAA